AGUUUGCGUCUUCCCUGUUGGUGGUAGUCCGACCGGAGAAAGUAACGAAGAUGGAAGGAGCUGGCGGUGUUGAAUUAUUAAGGAGAUUUAUGGACUAGCGAAGGGUCAGCCUCUUACUGAAAUCUUUGGAGCGACGAAGGACAUUAACACCGGGAACCUGACGGAUAGCAUGCCCGUAGAAGCGACCCAAUUGCAGAUGAGGGAACAUGUUGGCUAUGGACCAAGGAGUGGUGGAGGAAUGGCUGUCAGAAUUUAAGACCCUCCCUGACAGUGCCAUCUCCACCUACGCGGCCUCGCUUAAAGACAAAGGCUCUCUGAUACCUGCUCUCUACAAGGUCAUACGGGAAAACUACAGCGACCUGCUGGAGCCAGUUUGUCACCAGUUGUUUGAGUUUUACCGGAGCGGCGUGCCGCAGCUGCAGCGUUUCACACUACAGUUCCUGCCAGAGCUCCUGUGGAGCCUGCUGUCUGUCAGCGCUGCCAGAGACCCCCACACAUCCGGCUGUAUUGAGGCUCUGCUGCUGGGCAUUUACAACCUGGAAAUAGUUGAUAAAGAUGGACAAAGCAAGAUUUUAUCUUUCACCAUCCCUUCCCUUUCCAAACCCACGGUGUAUCACGAGCCAUCCGCCAUCGGCUCCAUGGCUCUCACAGAAGGCGCGUUAGCAGACCACGGGCUGCGGAGGGUGGUGUACAGUGGGCCUCACCUCCAGAGAGAAAACUUUACUGCACAAAACAGAUUUGAGGUGCUGACCUUCCUGCUGCUGUGCUACAACGCAGCCCUCAGCUACAUGACCCCCACCUCCCUGCAGUCUCUCUGCCAGCUCAGUUCCAGGGUGAGCAUAUGUGGUUACCCGCGGCAACAGAUGAGACGCUAUAAAGGCAUCAGCACUCGACUCACUGUCACGUCAGAGUUCUUGGUCCAGCUCAUAACGGGGAUCCACUAUGCCUUGUCUAAUGGUGAAGUUGACCUGGGAUCCAAAGCACUGGACGACGUCCUGUAUCGAGCCCAGCUGGAGUUGUUUCCUGAGGCUCUGUUGGUGGGAAAUGCCAUCAAGUCUUCACUACACAGCGCAGCACUGAAAAGCAAUAAUAAAGAGGGCGCUCGGAGUAUCCAAGUGGAAAUUACGCCCACCGCCUCCAGGAUCUCCCGUAACGCUGUCACCUCCCUCUCUAUAAGAGGGCACCGGUGGAAGAGACACGACGCAGUGGAUCUGGGUUCCCCGGAUGAGCUGAUGGAUAUAUCCGAGGUGGACGAAGGGGUUUGGCCAGGCGCCGCGGGGCACGACAUGACCCCGCCCACCAUCACCAUCAGCAACAGCACCACUACACUCAACCUGGGAGCCAAGGCCAUGAAGAAGUGUCGGCUCGGAGGACGCAGCAGCAAGGACAAGGAGUCCGGGCCUCUGACCACGGGUCGGGCCGCGAGCGAGAACGCCGAGCUGUCCGUCAAGCGGCUAACUCUCACCUCCAGUCAGUCUGUGCCCAGGGCGGGCGCUCUCACCAGCCUGACGCGCACUGCCAGCGCCGUCUUCUCCCGCUCCUUCGAGCACGUGGCCAGCAGCAACCCCGCUCCCACCAGCAACCACGCAGCCUCCGAGGCGGGCCGCUAUUCCUGCAGCCUGCAGGAGGAGGGGAUGGGGUACCUGAGUCCCACGCCAAACCACACCCAGCGCUCCCCGAGCAUUAGCAUUCCCCUCGGCUCCGACCUUUGAGCCCUUUAAGACUCUUUUAAGCAUAGGAACCCUCAUCUCUGAUCCUGUGAUCUUGUGACCCUGUACCUGUGAUCUGGAACUCCAAGCCAUGCCAAACUGCAUUUGACCACUAAAGUGUGAAGAAAUACAGCCCCCCCCCCCCGCCCCCCUCCCUGUUUUCCUCCUGCGCUCCAUCUUAGGCGUCUCUGGUUCUCUGUGCUGUACACAGGCUUCUCGUCUCGCUUCAUUCAAACAUGCAGAGCAGCUCAGUGAACGAUGGAGGGUGGGCGUCGGGUAUACCACCUUCAGGUUUCCUAUUUGUCUUUUUAUUUUUUUUAAUUAUUAUUAUUGUUAUUUUUGAGUUGAAGUCAAUGCAGGACAUUUGUCCGCCGUCAUAAAGAGAUGCACUUAAAAUGAUCACUAAAAACAAUGUCUGAAAAUGUAUUACACCUGCAAUGUUUUACCCUGUUUUCCAUCCUUUUGUGUCUGUGGGUAGGUGUACUGUAUGUGUGAGCAUGCAUGUGUGCGUGUAUGUUUUUUUUUUUUUUUUUUUCUUUUUUUUUUUUAGAAAAAGGCUGCUGAUUGCUACAGUGGGCAAAGUGUGAUCUCAAAAUGUGUUUCUACUACUUUUAUAAUACUAGUAAAUUCCUUCCCAUAGCAAUACAGAUCCUUUCUAUUCAGUAUUUUUCAUGUUUCCUCGGGCUGAUCACUCCAACCUCUGUCUGCAUUGUACAGCAGUUUUUAAAACGUGCUUCUGGAAGGUUUCUUGACUCGUCCCGAACUGCAUUAAACGCCAGCCACCGAAUAAUCCACUAGUAUGAAUAGAAUCAGGUCUUCUGUUUACAAUCACACAGUAUUCUCGCCCGUGACGGAGAAGCAAUACUUUCCCUUCCACCUCGCUCCUUUCAGCACCUUCCUCACAUGCCGCGUCGUAAACGGCAACUCUGUGAUCCGCCGUCUUGAAGACGACGGCGGCGAUGAUUUACGUUUUUUUUUUUUUUCCGGGUGAUGGAUGAUUGAGUAUUGAAUUUUGCACAAAGAAGCGCUAAAUCAGUCCACGGGGAGCGUUGGUAUUUUAAUACGAACAAGAAGUUUUUUGACUCUUAUUGUAUUUUUUUUUUUUUUUUUUCCUAAGAGGAACAUGCAUUAAAGACUCCUUGACGUUUGUGUGAUGCAGCAACCACACACGGCAGCAGGUUGGUUAGGUUCAACGACAAAGUCAUUCGGGAUUAUCCCUGAACUGUAAGUGCACAUGCAUGACGGCGAGGCGUGUUUGGUGCGUUCUAACCCACCCCACCAUUUCAGGUGUUUGUAGUACUAAAGUGACGUAAUUCCUGCCUCCCUUCUUGUUCAUUAUUUCAUCCUCGUGUCAUCAGACAUGCUAAUACCAAGAAAUGAAUAAAAAAAACGCAAAACUGUCUGCUAUAAUUGAUGUCCUAAGUCAAGCGAUCAUGCUGCUCCACCCUCGGUCUGUUUUACUAUAGCUGUCGAGUGUCUAUAGCUUGGUGGGGACGAUACCAAUCAUGUUUCUUUGUAUGUGGGUUUACAGUAAAAUGGUUAAGCUAUCCUUGUACAUCAUACUGUUCUACUAAAGUUGGUUAUAUUUGCCUUUCUAUGUCUGAAAAUAACUCACUGCUCCAACUUCUGGAAAUAAAGUGUUUCUAUAUUUCA